UAUAUAUAUAUACCUCCGAAAACUCACAAUCACAAUCUUACUAAUCCUUAUUCUUCUUCACGUUCAUCUUUUCUUUGCCCCUCCGCCAUGGCCACACCCUCCAACUCCGACGCCGUCGUCGUCGAACGCCCCAAAACCCUCCUCAACCUGUCCUUCAACCAAGGCGGCUGCCGCUUCACCGCCGCCACCACCGACGGAUUCAUGGUAUUCAACACAGACCCAUUCACCCAAACCAUCCGCCGCACCUUCUCCUCCUCAAACGGCAGCAUAGGCAUCGCGCAGUCGUUCGCCGACUCAAAUAUCUACGCCCUAGUUGGCGGGGGCCCCAGGGCAAAUUUCCCCCCAAACAGAGUCGUGAUCUGGGACGACCAACUCCGGCGGUGCGUGUACGAGUUUGCGUACCGCUCGGAUGUGGUGUCCGUCCGGCUGCGGCACGACCGCAUCGUUGUGGUCCUGCCGCAGAAGAUCAAGGUCUACGAUUUCUCCGACCUGAGGAUGGUGCACGAGAUGGUGACGGAGCACAACCCGAAGGGUUUGUGCGAGAUUUCGAGGACCGGGCCGUUUGUACUGCUGACCCUAGGGUUGCAGAAGGGGCACGUCACCGUGCAUGAUUACUAUCGGAGAAGGAAUAAACAAUUUCCGGCGCAUGAUUCCGAUAUCGCGUGCCUUUCGUUGUUGAGUGACGGCAAGCUUUUCGCCACCGCUAGUACUAAAGGGACCUUGAUUAGGGUUUUUGACUCUACCGAUGGCUCUUUGCUUCAGGAGGUACGUACAAUCUUUCUUUCUUUCUUUCUUUUUUCUUUUUAAUUUUAUUUUAGAGAUAUAUUCAGCAUUGACCUAUAAUUAAGGGUGCAAGUUGGAACGGAAAUUCCAAUUUUGGAACAAUUUUUUUCAUUCCGAUUUCC